AAUGUGAACGAUGACAUCAUCUACGAACUGAUCGAUCUCGUGAGUCAUCAGUCCCUCGACGACCUCAAGUCCCUCUCUCUGAGCUGCAAACGGCUCCGGGCUCUUUGUCUCUCCGCUCUCUUCUCCCGGUGCGAGGCCUCGUUUCCUGACCGGAACGAGGCUCGGUGGAUCGUUCCACCUGUGCUCAUUCCUUACGUUCGUCAACUUACCUUGACUUGCAUGUGCCAGGACAUCGACUGUGUGCACAAUUUCAGGCGUCCUCUACCGAGAUGGACCACCACUCCAUGGCUUUGCGGCGUCCUGGAACCCCCGCCGUUCUUCAAGACCACGCUCACACGCAUGUUCAAUCUCUCAUCUGUCACACUCACUAUGCCAUGGGCUUCCCGACACGGUGUUUCUUGGUCUGCUCUGCAGGUCAUUCUCUCCGCCCCCACACUGCGCGAACUCAGCGUAAUCGCCCUCACCUUUUCCCCAAUCAAGGUCUCCCCCUCGAACACCUUCGCAUGCCCUCGUCGUCUCCCUCCACUCACAUCAUUCAAGUAUCUUAUAUGCUGGCACCCCGACAAUCAGUACCCAAUUCCUCCGCAUGAAACCGAGGCACUGUCGGUCCUACUACAGGCGGUCUGCGGGACGCUCACGUCGCUUGAGCCCAACGCUGCGUCUGCGCCGCUGGACACCAUGGAGCGCCUUCGAUGGCCACGCCUCCACACCCUCAAGCUCUCGGGGAGCCGCAGAGAGCCCCAAUGCAGACCCUAUGCCACCCUGUUCCGCAAUAUGCCCGGGCUCCGCAAGCUGGUGCUCGAGCUCCAUCUGAAGCGCACACCUCGCGUCGGGCUCGCGGUCCCGCGCGAACUUUCACCACGGCCGCUUGUGUUCCCCUGGCCCCAGCUGGAGCACCUGUACCUCCCGCUCCCGCUCCCGAGUAGCGACGACAUGUACCGACAGCUUCCGACCUCGCUUCGUACCCUCUCUCUCCUCCAGUAUCCGCACUACGCCCAGCGACAUCAAGAAUGCGUCCAGAUCAACUCCAUCGCACCGGAGCGACCCAGCGCGGCCCGAGUCGUGCGCAUCCUCCAACGCUGCGCCGUCGCCGCGCAGCUCACGCGACUCGAGAUCGAGUACAUCGUGGAGCUCAAGCCUGCCGUCGACCCGCUGCACUUCGUCGUGCACGCGUGUCCGCUUCUGGAGGAGCUCAAGCUGCUGCGAUACCGGAUCCAGCCGCCGCAAGAUCUGGCACUCGUUCGGGGGCGGCCAUUUCUUGAGGAGCAGUUUGGCGACUCGCGGAAGUGGAAGCAGCCGCACGAGCUUGCGGUUCGUCUUUUGCGCGCAUCCGUUCCUCGAUACUAG